UUUCACACUCUUGUCUCAUCAAAGCUUUUAGCAGCAGAUGCUACCUCAAAAUUACCGAAUUGGCAGAUUUCCUUUCCCUGAUUUUUGGUGCUAAUAAACCAAAAAGUUGUUAAAAGGAAAGAAAAACCAAAGCCCAACUGGCAGAUUACUUCUGAGGAAUUCUCUAAGCUUCAAGGUUUCAAAUCCUGCUUCUCUCUCGACGCCUUUCCAUUCUUCCUGCAUUCCGUUGUGUGUUCCUUCCUUCUCUUGGUGCUGAAGAACACCGAUGGCAAACUUUAAGGGCCAUGCUCUCCCAGGGAGCUUCUUCUUGAUAGUUGGACUGUGGUGGUCAGUGAAGUACCCACUGAUGUACUUUCACCAGAAGGGGAAAAGCAGCCGACUGACUCAUUACCAUCAGUGUCUCGAGAUCACUGAAGCCGCAAUCAGAACCUUGUUUUCAGUCAUUGGGAUCCUGGCCGAGCAGUUUGUUCCGGACGGGCCCCACCUCCACCUGUACCAUGAAAACGAGUGGUGCAAGUUAAUGAACUGGCAGCACAGCACCAUGUAUUUAUUCUUCGCAGUCUCGGGAAUCGUGGAUAUGCUCACCUGUCUUGUCAGCCACGUUCCCCUGGGGCUGGACAGACUGGUUAUGGCUGUGGCAGUAUUCACUGAAGGUUUUCUCUUCUACUACCACGUCCACAACCGACCACCCUUGGACCAGCACAUCCACUCACUCCUGCUGUGUGCGGUGUUCGGAGGGGCUUUCAGCAUCUUUGUAGAGGUGGUCCUCCGGGACAAUAUUGUGCUGCAACUUUUCCGAACCAGUCUCGUUAUUCUUCAGGGCACCUGGUUCUGGCAGAUCGGGUUUGUGCUGUUCCCACCGUUUGGAGGACCCGAAUGGGACCAGAAAGAUGACGCAAACCUCAUGUUCGUCACCAUGUGCUUCUGCUGGCACUACUUGGCUGCCCUCUGCGUUGUGGCCAUCAGCUACUCACUCGUUUUCUGCCAUUUGACUCGGUUAAAGAGGCACGGAGGAGAAAUCAUUGGCAUUCGGAAGCUGAAGUCAGAUCACACUUACCAGACUGCCCUCUUGAGUGGCUCAGAUGAGGAAUAAGGGAGGCCACCC